AUGGCGAAGAACGAAAUUCCCAUUCCGCAGAAGCAGAAAGCUGUCAUAUAUGAUCACCCAGGCAGAAUAUCUACCAAAGUGGUGGAAAUUGAUGUGCCAGAGCCCGGGCCGGGUGAGAUACUAAUUAAUUUAACCCACACCGGAGUUUGCCACUCUGACCUCGCCAUCAUGAUGAAAACGUGGAAAAACCUCCCCUACCCUACACAGCCAGGCCAAGUCGGCGGCCACGAGGGCGUUGGGCGGAUUGUCAGACUAGGACCCAGCACAGAAUCCUCUGGGCUCAAAAUCGGCGACCGGGUAGGAAUCAAAUGGGUCUGGAGUGUCUGCUCGAACUGUCCGGCUUGCUUUGCUGGCUUGGACGGGAUUUGUUUCAAUCACAAGGUCAGCGGGUACUACACGCCGGGCACUUUUCAGCAAUAUGCCCUCUCUCCCGCAAACUACGCGACGCCUAUCCCGGAUGGACUCUCGUCAGCAGACGCUGCCCCAAUGCUCUGUGCCGGGGUUACUGUGUUCGCAGCGCUAAAUCGUAGCAAAGCUCUCCCAGGUCAGUGGGUGGUCAUUUCUGGGGUCGGGGGCCUCGGCCACAUUGCCUGUCAAUUAGCAAGCAGGGGCAUGGGCUUGCGAGUGAUAGCCAUCGAUCAUGGCAGCAAAGAAGUGCUGGCGCUGGAGUCUGGCGCCGAGCACUUUGUUGAUUUCGCCAAGCUCGACGAGGACAGCAUCACGGGCCACGUCAAGGCCCUUACUGGCGGCAUGGGCGCGCAUGCUGCAGUGGUUUGCACGGCAGCAAACGCAGCUUAUGCACAGGCGUUGCAGCUGCUCCGCUUCAAUGGCACUUUGGUCUGCGUGGGUAUCCCCGAAGGCGACCGUGUGGCGAUUGGCGGUGCAGCGCCAGGCGCCAUGAUCAGUAAGCAUCUCACCAUCACCGGGUCGGCGGUGGGCAACCGGUUUGAAGCGAUUCGGGCGCUGGAAUUCGCAGAGCGGGGGAUCAUCAAGGCGCACUACGAGGUCGAGAAAAUGGAGCAGCUCACCGACAUAUUUGAGCGCAUGAAGCAGGGUACGCUGCGAGGGAGGGUGGUGCUGGAUUUGUCUUGA